AUGCUUCAAACGCAAACCCAGCACGUUUUUUCUCAUCAGCAUCAGUACCCGCAGGCUGAUCCCUCGUGGCUGCAACACCAGCAGCAGCAGCACCACCAAGCCCACCCGCACCAGGCUCAGCAACAGCAGCAUUCUUUGGUCGCCCAACAGCAUGCCCAAGUUCAGGCGGCCGCUGCUGCCGCCGCCGCCGCUCAACAACAACACUACACCCGGAUCGCUAUGGCAGGGAAUGCCGGUGCUGGUAACCCUUCCCAGGGAGCCGGUGCUGGAGGGUUAGGUGGGGAUGGUGCUUUGUCGGGUGCGGUGUCGGUAAUGGAUGGCGGGAUCAGCGAUGAGAACCGCAAGGUCUUCAUCUGGGUCGCAGAACUCCUGGAUCCGAAUCGCAGAGAGACGGCUCUCAUGGAGCUCAGCAAGAAGAGAGAGCAGGUUCCGGAGCUCGCGCUGGUGAUUUGGCAUUCUUUCGGAGUCAUGACUGCACUACUACAAGAGAUCAUCUCUGUAUACCCGCUGUUGAAUCCUUCUCAGCUCACUGCCGCGGCCUCGAAUCGAGUUUGCAAUGCGCUGGCUCUGCUUCAGUGUGUCGCUUCUCACAACGAAACCCGGACUCUAUUUCUGAACGCGCACAUUCCCCUUUUUUUAUACCCCUUCCUCAAUACGACGUCCAAGUCGCGCCCCUUCGAGUACCUUCGUCUCACCUCGCUCGGAGUGAUCGGAGCCCUGGUCAAGAAUGACUCCUCUGAUGUUAUCAACUUCCUUCUCACCACCGAAAUUAUCCCCCUCUGCCUUCGCAUCAUGGAGACGGGCUCCGAGCUGAGCAAGACGGUCGCGAUUUUCAUUGUGCAAAAAAUUCUCCUCGACGAUAUCGGCCUGGCGUACAUCUGCGCGACCUACGAGAGAUUCUAUGCCGUGGGUACCGUCUUAAGUAAUAUGGUUACUCAACUUGUGGAGCAACAGACUGUUCGACUUCUCAAACAUGUCGUACGUUGUUUCCUUCGUCUGAGCGACAACAGCAGAGCGCGGGAAGCUCUGCGACAGUGUCUUCCCGAACCGCUGCGAGAUGCGACCUUCUCCUCCGUCCUCCGCGAUGACGCUGCCACCAAGCGUUGCCUGGCGCAGCUCCUCAUCAACCUCUCGGAUAAUGUCUCCGACGGCGCACCGGGUGUUGCCAUGUAA